GGCCGAACGGAAACCACGCUCUUUCGGUCGCUCGCCCGCCCGCGUCGAGGAGAUCAGCGCGCGCGCCUUCUCGCAAGUGUUUGGCGACAACGACACCGCGCGCUCUCCAACCGCAUGCGCGCAUAUUGUGCACGGCUUGCUUUCUGAUUGGCUCUAUUCAUUCUCUUCCAGAAUGUCGUUCAACAUCGCCCGAGACGGCCAAACAAAUCUGUCCGCCACAGGUCCCGGUUCGUCGAGCACAAAGUUCGACCACCCUCCUGCCGCGAGACCUCCUUCGGGACUGCUGCCCGGUGGCCCGCCAUCAAACCGAAUCGGCACAACCAUCGGCCAGCUCCGCCCGUCAGCUGCCGACUACAGCAUCAGCGAGCCCUCCAACCCCUCCAGCGUGCGAUCAACCGACUCGCAAAGGGAACGCAUCUAUGGAAGCCCGCGUAGGAAACGGCAGAGAAUCGAUGCCGACCGAUUUAUCCCGGCAAGGUCUGGCCGUGACUUGCAGUCUGGAUUUCACUUGAUCCCCCCGCCGCCUCGGCCAACUCCAGAAAGGGGCAGGCCAAGAAGCCCGCCGAGGGGGUAUCGUUCCCAGAAGAGUGAAGAAGCGGAUGAGACCUUCAGACAGCUGCUGCGUGCUGAGCUCUUUGACGAUGACAGUGUGCCACAAGUCUCACCCAGGUGGACGGGGGACGAACGGAUGCGCACGCCUCCCAGAAAUACGUCUUCUCUCCCGGCAACACCACAGAAGAAUCUGUUUUCCUACGUCUCUCCCCGUCAUCAACACCUGGUCGGACUCUCGACCCCCAGGAAAACACCACAAAGAGGGCACAACCUGAUUCCGGAUCCUCGCUUGGAUACCUACAGCACCACCCCCAUCUCGUACACAAGUCAGCAGAUGCUCCUUGCCCCGCGGCGCCAACACAGGACCGUCGCCAAGGUGCCGAUCAAGGUGCUGGAUGCACCGAACUUGGCCGAGGAUUUCUAUCUUAACUUGAUGGACUGGGGCAGCUCGGAUGUUCUAGCCGUCGGCCUGGGCGCUGGCGUUUUCAUGUACAAUGCACAGAACGGUAAGGUGGCGAAGCUGUGCACACUCGAAGACGACAAGGUCACCAGCGUAUCCUGGAUCCAGAAAGGGACACAUGUUGCCGUCGGCACCAAGAAGGGCCUGGUGCAGAUCUGGGAUGCUCAGAAGUUUAAGAGGCUCCGGACGAUGACGGGUCACACCGCGCGCGUCGGCUGCCUCGCGUGGAACGCCCACAUUCUCUCUACCGGCUCGCGCGACCGGACCAUCCUGCAUCGCGACGUCCGGGCGCCCGAUCAGUGGGUCAAGCAGCUGACCGGACACAAGCAAGAGGUCUGCGGCCUGAAGUGGAACUGCCAGGACGGCCAGUUAGCCAGCGGCUCCAACGACAACACGGUCAUGGUCUGGGACAAGGCCAUGGACCAGAAACCGCUCUGGUGCUUCAACGAGCACAUCGCCGCCGUCAAAGCCCUCGCCUGGUCCCCCCACCAGCGCGGGCUCCUCGCCUCGGGCGGCGGCACCGCCGACCGCCGCAUCAUCUUCCACGACACGGUGCGCGGAAGCGUCCGCAACGACGUCGACACGGGCAGCCAGGUCUGCAACCUCAUGUGGUCCAAGAACUCGAACGAGCUCGUCUCGACCCACGGCUACAUCCAGAACAACCUCGUCAUCUGGAAGUACCCCUCCAUGACGCGCGUCGCCAGCCUGACCGGCCACACCUACCGCGUCCUCUACCUCGCCAUGAGCCCCGACGGCACGCAGGUGGUGACGGGGGCCGGGGACGAGACAUUGCGGUUUUGGGAGGUGUUCAAGCCGAAGCAGCCCGUCAGGUUACUGGGUGGCAGCAUUGAUCUGCCCGUUAUCCGGUAAAUGGAGGGCAGGGGGAGGGGAG